AAAUAAAAUCACAAAAAAACUAUAUAAGAACGUAGAAAAAGUGUUGGAAGUAUUGCUCUGGUUCAACAAUAAAAUACAGUGUAUUUAUUAUUUAGUUACAAAUUAAACAAAAAAAUAAAUCAUUCUAAUGUAAAAAUGUGUGCAGAUUAUUUAUAAGAAAAAUAAUAUCUACGGAAUAUCCAGAUCGAAAAUAUGCAUUUAAAUAAAACAAUUUUAGUUUUAAAAAAUUCAAGCUAAUAGUUAUGUAAUCAAAUUAUCAUAACAAAUAAAUGCAUUUAUAAGGACAGACCUCUCUCUACACAACAGCAACAACAAGAAAAUAAUGCAAUAAACAAUUAAAUAGAAAUAUUAAUAAAAACUCGAAAGGCUUUAGAAACAGUUAUAUACGAACAUUUGUAUCAAUAAAAACCUGUAACAUUUGAAAACCUGAACAAACUCCUUCUAAAGGACUUGCUAAACAUAAAUAUAAAAUUAAAAUGAAAAUAUAAAACAUCUCUCAGGAUAAAACUAAAAAGCUAAACAUUCCAUCUUUAUUAAACAACAUAAAUUAAUAAAAACGAAUAGAAAAAAAAACGUAUUUAAAAUACCUGAUUAAAACAACACGUAAAUCUCAAGCAACUCAAUUUUUUUUAAAACAUAACUAAGCAAAAGAUCUCAAACUUAAAGCCUCAUUAAAUAAUUGUUAAAAAAUAUAACAAGCAAAAGGUUUCACUUCCAAAUUUAAGCAGCUCUGAAAAGAAAAACAACUUAAAACACAUACCAGCAGAAGAAAGGAACCGCUUAAAGAAAGUUAAAAAAAAGUGAAAAACUUAUCUUUAGUUUUGAAGGUCAAUAUAGAAAAUUGUAUAAAUUAAAAAUUUUAAAUAACCUACAAUAACAGCAGAAGAAUAAAAUAAACUUGAAAUUUGGCCAAAAAAUAAUUUUGCUAACGAACGAUUACCGGCAAGGCGUGUACGUGGGAAAGAAAUAGUAAUCAUGUCAAAAGUUCAAUAUUAAUGCAAAGUAAUAAGACAUAAACACGAAAAAGUAACAAACAUUUACGAAAACUAAAAAAACCAGAAUAUAAAAAAGCCAAAAAAGAAGCUCGGAAAAAAAAACUACAGGAAAAAUCUGUAUCCUACAAUAUGACGGCUUCAGUUAUACAUACAAAUGGUAUAAACAAUAACAAUGGCCAAAAUAGCAGUAGCAAUGGCAAUAGCGCCACAGGCGGCAGCAGCAGUAAUGCAACGUCCUUUACUACAGCUCGUGAAAUUAACACUUCAUACUCUUCUACAACAACCGUUUCUGCCUCAAAUUCUGUCCCUAACGUCUCUUCGGCCAACAGCACCUCGAACAACUUUAAAACCUCAAACACGUUGAAACAUUUCACACCCUCUUCCUUGGCCAACUUUUCAUUUACAUCGACAAAUCUCUUUCAAUUACUUUCCAUCUUUUGCCUGUGUUUGUUGUCCUAUUACAAUUCAACACAAUGCGGUCUAGUCUUUGAUGAUAUCAGCGCCAUACGAGAUAACAAGGAUUUGAGACCAACGACUCCGCUAAAAAACAUAUUUCUCAAUGACUUUUGGGGAACGCCGAUGCGCAAAGAACACUCUCACAAAUCAUAUCGUCCCCUGACUGUGCUCACGUUUCGUUUUAAUUACUGGCUGCAUGAAUUGGAAUCAUAUGGUUAUCAUGCCAUUAAUGUUGUGCUGCAUCUUGCAGUCUGUCUGCUAUGGAAACGUGUCAGUCGCCUUCUGGUACUGCAGUGUACUCAACGCGAAAGUUUGGCUGUAAAAUGCUCAUUCUUCAGCACUCUACUGUUUGCAGUGCAUCCCAUACACACAGAAGCUGUUACGGGAGUUGUAGGACGUGCUGAAUUAUUGUCAUCACUCUUCUUUCUCGGUGCAUUUCUGGCCUACUCUCGAGCUGUUAGUAGCAGCUUGAAUGCUGCAAAAAAAUCCCAAAAACUUAAAACGCAAUGGUUUCAAUUGUGCAUCAACUUUAGUUUGUGUUUAUUAGCAUCGAUGCUGUGCAAAGAACAAGGCAUAACUAUCGCUGGCAUUUGUGUAACCUACGAACUGUUCGUGGUGCAAACUAUACAUCCUUUGCAAUUGUGGUAUACACUGUUAAAUCUCUUCGAAGAAAGACCAGCAUCGUCAAAUCAAACACCGUCACCAACAAAUAAAGCAGCCAUCUCAAAACUAUUACAAGCCAGUGCUACUUCGUCUGUCGUGGGUGCAUCAUCACCAUCAUCGUCGGGAUUAUUAACGUUGAAAACUUCUGCUACCAGUAGAUUUACAACUCCUAUACAAUGGUCAUCGUCUCUAUUGAAACGUUUAGGAUUUUUAAUUUUCAUCACUGUCUGCCUGUUAGUGGGUCGAGUCUAUGUUAUGGGCUCUCAAUUGCCGGUAUUUACACGUUUCGAUAAUCCUGCAUCUGCCGCUGAAUCUCCGGCCCGUCAACUAACCUACAGUUAUUUAAUUUAUUUAAAUUCUUGGCUACUCUUAUUUCCCUGUGAUUUAUGUUGCGACUGGACUAUGGGUACUGUUCCCGUAAUUGAAGGUUUCAUGGAUACACGCAACAUAGCAACAUUAAUAACAUUUGGCAUAUUAGCGGCUCUGGUGGUAAAAGCUUGCAUUAGUCAAAGUCUUCAGCAUUCACGUAUGCUAAUCAUGUGUUUGGCUUGGAUUGUUUUACCAUUUUUGCCGGCCUCAAAUCUUUUCUUUCCCGUGGGUUUCGUAGUGGCCGAACGUAUUUUGUAUAUGCCCUCAAUGGGCUUUUGUCUACUUAUUGCAUAUGGCUUCGAAAGAAUUCGAGAAGUGAGUGGCAAGAAUAUGAAAUAUUUAUUAAAUACUGCUUUGUUGCUGGUAUUGCUGUCACAUUCUAUUAAAAGCUAUAAAAGAAAUAAUGAUUGGAAGAAUGAGUAUACUUUGUUUAUGAGUGGAGUUCAUGUUAAUGAUCGCAAUGCUAAGCUAUUCAAUAAUGUGGGUCACGCCUUGGAAAAUGAGGGACGCUUUGAAGAAGCUUUGGCCUAUUUUCGACAAGCGGUGAUUAUACAACCUGAUGAUAUAGGGGCGCAUAUUAAUGUGGGUAGAACUUAUAAUAAUCUUAAAAUGUAUGCAGAAGCGGAGAAGGCAUAUUUAAAGGCGAAAUCUUUGUUUCCACGCAUAAAACCUGGUGAAAGCUAUCAGGCGCGCAUAGCUCCCAAUCAUCUAAAUGUUUUUAUUAAUCUGGCGAAUUUAAUAGCUCGUAACCAGACCCGUUUAGAGGAGGCAGAUUUCCUUUAUCGCCAGGCUAUUAGCAUGAGAGCGGAUUAUGUACAGGCCUAUAUAAAUCGUGGAGAUAUACUCAUGAAAUUAAAUCGCACUGCCCAGGCUCAAGAGGUGUACGAGAAAGCUUUGCUUUAUGAUAGUGAAAAUGCCGAUAUUUAUUACAAUUUAGGAGUGGUAUUCCUGGAACAGGGCAAAAGUGCCCAGGCGAAUGUUUACUUUAAUAAAGCAUUGGAUCUAUAUCCAGAACAUGAGCAGGCAUUAUUGAAUUCAGCCAUAUUAUUGCAAGAAAUGGGAGGCCAACAGGAUCGUCAAUUAUCAAGAGAACGCCUGCACAAAGUUUUAGCUAAAAGUGGUGACAAUGAAAAGGUAUUCUUCAAUCUGGGAAUGCUAGCCAUGGAUGAAUCAGACUUUGAGGCAGCAGAACAAUAUUUCAAACGCGCCAUACAUAUAAAGCCCGACUUUCGCAGUGCUCUCUUUAAUUUAGCUCUCCUGUUGGCAGAUGCUAAUCGUCCACUAGAUGCAGUACCAUUUCUCAAUCAGCUUAUACGUCAUCAUUCAGAUCAUAUCAAAGGACUUAUACUACUGGGCGAUAUCUACAUUAAUCAUAUGAAAGAUUUAGAUGCUGCCGAAUCCUGUUAUCGCUCAAUACUCAAAUACGAACCUCAUAAUAUACAAGGACUACACAAUUUGUGUGUGGUCUAUGUGGAACGUAAACAUUUGGCCAGAGCUCAAUUGUGUCUACGUUAUGCUUAUUACUUGGCACCAAGCGAGGACUAUAUAUUGCGUCAUUUACAGAUUGUUGAACAACGUUUGCAAAAAAUUUACAAGUUACCUGAUACAUCACCUGAGAAACAACUUGCCUUGGUCGAUUUCAAUCCAAAAGAAUUUCCAUUGCCUAAAAAAACAUCAUCAUCAUCAUCCACAACAACAACAACAACUAAAACCUCUCAAACACAUACACAAGGAGAUUUUCCCAAACGUAAACCAACUAAAACAACAUCCUCUUCAAUACCAUCACCUAAUGCCGCCGCAACACCAGCCACAGUUCAUCAUUCAUAGCAUUCAUAUUAAAUAAGGA